AUGUUUAAGACGAUUGCCGAUCCCGCCAACUGUGAAGUGCGUUCUGUAAUACGGUUUUUGAACGCAAAGAAUGUUAAGCCAGUUGAAAUUCAUCAUCAACUUGUAGAGAUUUAUGGUGAAAAUGUAAUGAGUGAUGGAAUUGUGAGAAAGUGGGUUCAACAAUUCAAUGCUGGAUGCACCAAUGUUCAUGACGAAGCAUGGAGUGGCCGGCCUUCUGUUGUCAAUGAUGAUUUGGUUGCAAAAGUUAAUGAGAAAAUUCUUGAAAACAGACAGUUCACAAUAAGAUUGCUUUGUGAUGAGUUUCCACAAAUUUCAAAAACUGUUUUGCAUGAGAUUGUCACAAAUCAAUGUUCAGCAAUGGCUGUCUUCACUGGCGGCAUCUUUCUUUGA